AUGGCAUGGGUUUGUGUUUCUGAAGAAUACGAUGUAUUGAAUAUCAGCAAGUCAAUUUUUGAAGCUGUAGCUAAGGAGAACACAAAUUUUUCAAAUCUUAAUUUGCUUCAUGUGGCCCUCAAAGAAAAACUUUCAAAGAAGAGGUUCUUACUUGUUCUAGAUGAUGUGUGGAACGAAGACCACAGUAAGUGGGAACUCCUACAAAGCCCUCUUCUUGUAGGGGCACCUGGAAGUAAAGUUAUUGUCACAACAAGGAGCACCAAGGUUGCAUUGGUGAUGGACUCGGAAGUAUCUUAUGGUCUGGACGUUUUGUCAAGCGAAGAUGCAUUGCCAUUAUUUGCUCAGCAUGCGGUAGGUGAAAAAAACUUUGACAAACAUCCAACACUUAAGUCACUUGGUGAAGGUAUGGUGCAGAAAUGUGGUAGAUUGCCUUUGGCUUUGAAAGCACUUGGGAGGGUCUUGAAGGGAAAUAGAAAUGAUGAUGAAUGGGAGAAAUUGUUGAAGAGUGAGAUAUGGGAUAUAGAUGAUGGAAGUGAGAUUCUUCCGGCUCUAAGACUAAGCUACUAUCACCUCCCUCCACAUUUGAAGCAAUUAUUUGCAUACUGCUCCUUAUUUCCUAAGGACUGUGUGUUUCACAAGAAUGCAUUGGUCCUAAUGUGGAUGGGAGAGGGAUUUUUGUCCCAAUCAAAGUCAAUGGAGAGUUUAGGUAAUCGGUAUUUUGAAGAGCUACAGUCAAGAUCCUUUUUUCAACUUUCAACAAAUGACAAGUUAACAUAUACAAUGCAUGACCUGAUAAACGACUUGGCCACAAGUGUUGCAGGAGAGUUUUUCUGUAGAUUGGAUGCUGAGAUGGAUGUAUCUGACACGAAUGAAACUUUUGAGAAGUUUCGUCACUUUUCACGAACAGGUCUGCCAUUUGUAUCAUAUAGAAAGCUUCAUGAAUUAACAAGAGCUACACGCUUGCGAACUUUCUUUACAGUGUCGCCUUUUUCGUUAGACAAUGUUCAUGUUGAAUUACUUCAUAAACUACACUUCCUAAGGGUGCUAAAACUAACUGGAUCCAUCACAGAGGUACCACAAUCCGUUGGUAGUCUUAAGCAUCUACGGUAUCUUAGUUUUUCUAAUACUCUAAUCACAUGUUUGCCAGAAGAAGUGAGUGACCUUUAUAAUCUACAGAGCUUGUUUGUUCAUAAUUGUCCACGCUUAUCUAGCUUGCCAGGAAGUUUUGCAAAGUUAAUAACCCUACGACAUCUUGGCUUAAGUGAUACUCCAAAUUUGAACAAGAUGCCUUUAGGAAUUGCUGGGUUGUCAAGUCUUCAAACCCUAUCCAAGGUCAUGAUUGAAGAAGGUAAUGGGUUCAAAAUAUCCGAUCUUAAGGGCCUAUCGGAUCUCCAAGGUCGACUUUCCAUAAUGGGGCAGGAAAAAGUGAUAAACCCGAUGCACGCGAAAGAUGCCAACUUACAUCAAAAGAAGGGUCUUGAUGUUUUGGAGAUGGACUGGGGUAAUGAGUCUAAUGAUUCUCGGAAUGAGAUUAUUGAAUAUGAAGUACUUCAAGAACUAAGGCCUCAUCCUAAGUUAAAAAUCCUCAAGAUUUUGUUCUAUAAGGGAACAAGAUUUCCUGGUUGGGUCAGCAAUCCCUCAUUUGAUCAAUUAACAGAGCUUACAUUAUGUGGUUCUAGAAGUACCCACAUACCAACACUUGGACAUCUACAGUCUCUUAAGAAAUUGGUUGUUGAAAGAAUGAAUGAGGUGAAGACUGUUGGUUUUGAGUUUCUUGCACCUACAAAUUCUUUUCUUGGCAUUACAUUUCCAUCCCUUGAAGUUUUGACAUUUAAGGGUAUGCAAGGUUGGCAGAGAUGGUCGAUUGAUAGUGGUGAUGACGGUGGAACUCGUAGAUCAUUUCCUCAUCUUCAUGAGAUCUGUAUAAGCAAUUGUCCAGAACUAGCUCAAGUGUCAAUCGGAUUGAUACCUUCACUCCAGGUUUUAUAUAUAGAAGAAUGUUCCCAAGAGGUGUUAAAAGGCAUGGUUGGUGUGUCAGCGUCACUUGUUACAUUGAAAAUGUUGGAUGUUAAAGGACUUACUCAUCUGCAUUUAGAAGAUUUAAUUCAUCUUGGGGCGGUAGAAGAACUAUAUAUUGUUAGAUGUGUUGAACUAAGAUACUUAUGGGAACGAGAAUCAGAAGCAUGCAACAAUCUGUGA